GAACGAAAUUAAUAAACAACGAGCAAAUCCUAGAAGUUACGGUUACGGCCCCUUUCUUAACCCUGUUGACUGUGUCUUGUUACUGUCUGUUAUUGUCUGUGUCGGGUAUCAAUAACAAAUUAUUAGAAUUGUCUCUGACUUGGGGUUUGAUUUAUUUUUACAACGGAAUUGAGAGACUUUAGCACGCAAGGGCAUUCACCGUUGAUAAAAGUGAUCAGAUGCAGGGUUUGUGAUUCUAAGUUCAAUCAAGAGAGCUGAAAAUGUACCGAGCUCUGUAUGCUUACAAAAGCCAGUUACCGAAAUACCUGUCGUUUGAGGCUGGUGAUCGAUUCACUCUUGUUGACACCUCUGUAUCAGAACAGUGGUUUCUGGCUCAAAAUGGCUUUGGGGGAAUUGGAUUUGUUCCCUUCAAUUACAUCAAAAAGAUUGAGGCCACCACAGAACAGCAGGUGAAAUUCAUAGAUGGAGCCAUGGAGGCCAUCCACUUACAAGCCACUAAUUCUGGUGGCCAGUACUCCCAUGAACAGAGGCUUAUAAUGAAGAAACUUGUGAAGCACAGAGCCGAUGUAAUAAAAAGUGCAUCUGCAUCUGAGGGGAGCUCAGGGAAGUCGUCAGGGCGAAGACGUCCAGCGCCUGCUCCACCUGUGGACAGAAGCGCCAGUUUGGAUGCAACAUCGGGUGGUAGACCUGCAUCUUUGGGUGCGGUGGGUCGCAGUGCCACUUUAGCCAACCCUCCAGGCACAGGCUCCAACAGAGGGGAUGAAAAAAGGGCUGAUCACAAAAAGACGUCCAGCCAAUCGAAGCUUGACAAAAGUUCCUCCAGUAGAACUGUUGACCCGAAGAGAAUGUCUUUGCAGACAGAGAACGUAAAGAAAGAAAAUGUUGUAGAUGAGAAUGUCACACGAAGUGUAAGCUUAACCAACAACAUAGGUCAGCCUUCCUCUUUAGUUUCCUCAGUCUCCAGUAAUGCCAGUGAGUUCACCACAACAGACGAUAGCUACUCGCUUGAGAACAACAAUCCCUUUGAGAUGGAUGAACCAUGUGAGGACUUGCCACCAACGGAGCAGAUGCCAGAGCAGUCCAGUGUGAAAGACUGCGAGAACGCAUCUGAAGCGAGCAGCGAAACGAGUUCUAAACAUAGCACGGGCAGGUUGCAAAGUGAAGACGACCCUCCCCCUCCACCUGUUGAAGAAACCUGUCCAGAACAAUAUGAAUCUCAGCCACCUCCACCGCCAUGUACAACUGCUGAUAAUGUCGCAGCGUCUAGUAGGGAGGAUGAUGUAGACCCUCUGCCCCCUCCGCUACAGUCUGGCAAUAUGGAGGAGAGUUAUGAGAGCACCGCAUCUACCAUGUCUGCAGUGAAUGAUUUCGAGCUUCCCCUAGAUGACUUCCCCCCGCCACCACCUGAAGUGUACGAUGAUAUAAAUGAUGAACAGUUUGCAGUGGACAACUCCCUGCCCCCGGCACCAAUCGAUCUGACACCCACAGAAGAAAUCAGCGGCAGUGUACAACUGUUCAACAGCUCAAACUCUGAGGAGAUUCAGCGGUACAAGAAGAAAGCCAUUGAAGAGUGUUCCUGUGAUGAUUUCCAGCCCAAGUUUAUUCCAGAUGGGCCUUUCUUUGCUCAAGGGUCCUUACAAUUGCCGUCGUCUCACAAGGUAAAGGUUACCAAAAAGACAAGACGAGACCCUGGAAUCCUGACGUCUCUUCUACAGGAUGAUGGAAAAGGAGAUGAUCUAGAAGCGAGGAAAAUGUCUGUCGAAAAUUAUGAGAAAGCUCAGGCCCAUGGUGUGGAUGUGACUCACGCUGACUGUGAGGAAAUGAUUGGAGAAAUUUCUGUAGAGGUGUUUUAG